AACUGAAAAUCACUUUCCAAUAUUUCCGUUGGUUCAGCUUCGAGAGAGAGAGAGAAGAGAACUGAGAGAAGAGAACUGAUCGUGUUCUUCGGAAAAUUUCUGUUUGAUUGGCUGGGAAUUUUUUUUGCUGGUUCUGUUAAUCAAAUUUGCAACUCCAUGAUCUCCUCUUAGAGAAGCAAAAGACGCAAUUUCAAUUCAUGUUUUCCUGCAUUUCUUUAUUCUAUCGCUAUAAUUUGCGGGAAGCCGCCUUAUUCUUCUUGCUCUUGCAUUUGAUCAAGCUUCAAAUACUAUACUACUCGUCUUGCAUUUGCUGAUUGCUCAAUCUUUGUGGUUCGCUCCGCUGUUUGAUUGAACCCCCAAAUCCCUUUUAAUCUUGGGGUUUCCUUCAGCUGCCAUUAUUUUUUAUCCGCCCGUUUCUCAAUUUGAUUUCUAGUCUCAGGGGAAUCGUUAUCCCCAUCCAAUUUAUUGGGUUUCCCGACGCUGAUUUCUAACUAGAAUCACUUGCAUCAAUUUUGUGUUUAAUACUUGGCCUGGAUUCCCGGAGUUUGGUGGACUGUAUUUGGAAACAAUGACGCUCACGCUUGAGUCGCUGCCUGGAAGCUCCGGGUACUUGGAUAUCUAUCCUGAGAGGAAAAUGUUUUAUUUUAAGAAUCCUUACGUGCUCGGAUUAACUGUAGUUGCUGGGAUUGGUGGAUUGCUCUUCGGCUACGAUACAGGUGUGAUAUCAGGAGCUCUUCUUUACAUUAAAGAUGAUUUUGAGGCUGUCAAAAAUAGUAGUUUUCUACAGGAAACAAUUGUAAGUAUGGCUUUGCUUGGUGCAAUUUUUGGAGCUGCUGCUGGGGGUUGGAUUAACGAUGUUUAUGGACGGAAGAAGGCAACUCUUCUUUCUGAUGUUGUCUUUGCUCUUGGUGCUAUUGUAAUGGCUGUGGCUCCAGAUCCAUAUAUUCUUAUAGUGGGAAGGUUCCUAGUCGGCCUUGGCGUGGGUGUGGCAUCUGUUACAGCUCCAGUAUACAUUGCAGAAGCAUCCCCAUCUGAAAUAAGAGGAGGACUAGUCAGCACUAAUGUGCUAAUGAUAACUGGUGGACAGUUUCUCUCCUACCUCAUAAAUCUUGCAUUUACCCAGGUCCCUGGAACUUGGCGUUGGAUGCUAGGAGUUUCAGGCAUUCCAGCUGUGAUUCAGUUUGUUUUAAUGCUUUGUCUGCCAGAGUCUCCAAGAUGGCUUUUUAUGAAGGAUGAAAAAUCCAAAGCCAUAUCCGUGCUCUCUAAAAUUUAUGAUUUUCCUCGUUUAGAAGAUGAGAUUGAUUACCUUUCUUCUCAAUUAGAGGAAGAACGGCACAAAAUGAAAAAUGUAAGCUUCUUGGAUGUUUUUAAAUCAAAAGAGAUCAGACUUGCGUUUCUGGCAGGGGCUGGACUUCAGGCGUUUCAGCAGUUCACUGGUAUCAACACAGUCAUGUACUACAGCCCAACUAUCGUCCAGAUGGCUGGCUUUAGUUCCAACCAGUUAGCCCUCCUUCUAUCCCUCAUUGUCGCUGCCAUGAACGCUGCUGGAACGGUUCUUGGAAUCUACCUUAUAGACCACGUCGGGAGGAAGAAACUGGCCAUUUCGAGCUUAUCUGGUGUCAUUGUAUCACUUGCCAUUCUUUCUGGGGCAUUCUUUGCUGGCCAAUCUGGUUCAACAAAUGUCCUACAUGGAUGGCUUGCAGUAGCUGGAUUAGCUCUGUAUAUUGCUUUCUUCGCCCCCGGGAUGGGACCGGUGCCAUGGACUGUGAACUCGGAGAUAUAUCCCGAGGCAUACCGUGGAGUUUGUGGUGGCAUGUCAGCAACAGUCAAUUGGGUUUCAAAUCUGAUUGUGGCUCAAACUUUUCUUUCGCUUGCUGAAGUAGCUGGAACCGGUCCAACUUUCCUCAUCCUUGCAGGCAUAGCCAUGCUCGCAGUUGUGUUCGUCGUCGUGUACGUUCCCGAGACGCAGGGAUUGACAUUUGAGGAGGUGGAGAUGAUUUGGAAGGAGAGGGCUUGGGGCAGUGAUUCAAAUACAGAAAGCCUUCUUGCCUGAGCAGCAAGGAAAUGAGGUAAAUGGGGGAGUGUGUGAUCUCAGUGUAGGCUUAUAUAUAUGGGGUAGCAUUUUUGGGAUAAUGUUUUACACGAGAUUGUAUUUUCCUUUUAUAAUAUGCUUUCAAUUCAUAUAUGUAGAUACGUAUAAAAUAAUGAAAACGAUAUUGAUCCUACCUUAA